GCAAGGCUUCAGGAGAGAUAGAUUUGCAUCGCGGACCUUGCUAAUUGUUUAAGAUGUAAUGUGCCGAAAUAUUGGUUAAUUUAGCGAACGCGAUCUGCAUCCGGACAGUGAAAGAAAACAUUGUGCAAUUAUCUCUAACGUACAGCGUCGCUCUCACAUUGACUCAUAUUUGCAAUAGCACAGACUGUAUUUACGGGCGACGGUUUAGUGUAUAUGGAAAACGGUGGAAAGAUGUGCUGAGACGACCCUAGUCAGGCAUGCGCUAACGUGAAUGCGUUGUGGACGCCUUAGUAUGCGCCUGGCAGUAGUGAAAGUAAUUCUCAAAGUAUGUUCAAGAUAGACACCUAUUCUCGAGAGAUCAGGAACAAAGAAAAAUGGCAUUAGUGACACUAUUGUACUUACAAUUUACGCUUUUGAUGUUGUGUCUUGCUUCGGACGACAAUACUGUACAGAUAGCCGUUAUUCAGCAUACAGAGUCGGAGGACUUUAACGAAUUACAGACUGCCUUGGAGUACACAGUGAGGUCCAUCAACGAACGCAACUUCAAGUCCAAUGUUUCUUUCGAUGGUACCAAGAUCGAAGUGGAUCUACGAAAUAGUUGCCGAGUUCUACAGGAAUUAUGUAAGACGAUAGAGAAGAAACACGUCCACGCUAUUGUGAUCCUUGGGCCAGAGUCGCAUCAAGAUAUCAUCCGUUCACUGGUUCAAAACGAGAACGUAAUGCUUCCUUUGUUUCUGCCAACGGCCCUUGGCAACACAUCUAGCAAUGAGCAACGCUACCAAAUCAACAUGAUGCCUUCCUAUAUCCUAGCCAUUAUGGACAUAGCACGCUUUUACGGAUGGGACAUGCUCUACUAUAUAUUUGAUUCCGACGAAGGACUGCAGCGUCUACAAAAUCUUUACGGGGUUGCCGAGGACCUUAGCAAAAGAAACCGAUUUACCAUCAGACCCCGCCGAAUAACAAAUGUGUCUGAUUGCUACGAGUUACUCAGAUCGCUAGAUCGUGCCGAUCUUGAGUUGGAGGAAGCUAUACCCAAGAGGAUAGUCCUAGAUUUGUCGUCAAAAGAUGCAUAUAAUAAAACGUUAGAACAGAUUAUAAACGUUGGAAUGAAUAGAGAUUCAUAUCAUUACAUAAUAGGCGGUUUGGGUAUAGACGAACUGGACCUAGCGCAAUUUGAGUUCGGGGGUGUAAAUAUUACUGGCUUUACCGUCAUCAAUACAGCAUCUGCGUCAUUCACGGAGUUACGGAAUAGAAAUAAAGAAGUUUACUUUAACCUCUACCCGAAUACUCCAAAAUUGCUGUAUAAACAAGCAUUGGUGAUCGACACCCUUAACUUAAUACAUGAAGGAUUCGACCAAGUGAAACGUACAACGAAAAGAAAUUUAGCUCUUCUCAAACGAGGUUGCCUCUCCAAUGGAUACUUACAAUAUUCUGCAAGGGCGGGGCGCCGGGGAGGGUCGGGUAGAGGCGAGCGAGAACAAGUUAUGAACAUUUUCCGGGAGGCAAGACUUCGUGCUGACGAAAGUUUGACUGGAACAUUAGCUUUUGAUGAAAAGGGCAUGAGGACUGAUUACACGUUGGAUGUACAUCAGCUAGAAUACAAGAAACGCCUUGCUAAGGUCGGGACUUGGUCUCCGAAUCGCCCACCGUAUCUUCGUUUCCAAACUCAUCUUGAUUCGCCAGUGUCCACGCCUCAUCCGGAAUCAUCAAAGAAUAGAACAUGGAGGAUCGUAACGAUUCUGGAAGAUCCGUUUGUGCAAUUUGCCUCAUCAAAUGAAAACGGUGAAAAUAGCAAUGCACCCAUGGUUAAUAAUCGUCGAUUAGAAGGGUAUUGUAUAGACGUAGCAAAAAAGGUGAAACACAGAUACAAGAAGGAAUUCGGUGAAGACUUUGAGUAUGAAAUACAUUUAAAUGACAAAUUCGGUAGCGUGAAUGAAACAACUCACAAAUGGAAUGGUAUGAUUGGAGAAUUGAUUGAUAAUACGGCGGAUCUGGCACUUGCCUCCUUAACGAUAAACAAAGAACGGGAGAGGGUUGUAGAUUUUACAAAACCCUUCAUGAAGCUUGGAAUCAGCAUUAUGAUCAAGAAACCGGAUAAGCAGAAACCAGGAGUUUUUUCUUUUAUGAAUCCAUUAUCGAAUCUCGUCUGGAUUUGCGUCAUGAUAGCAUUUCUGGCCGUUAGCUUGGUUCUAUUUUUCGUUGGUAGAUGGAGUCCUUACGAAUGGCAAGAGGAGACGUCUUCUAAGGAUCAUACUACAACAAAUGCUUUUACCUUUUCAAAUACACUCUGGUUUUCAUUAGGGGCUUUAAUGCAGCAGGGAUCUGAUAUAUUCCCAAGAUCGUUUUCCGGGAGGAUAGUUGGUAGUGCCUGGUGGUUCUUUACCUUGAUAUUGAUAUCCUCAUACACUGCUAACCUGGCUGCCUUUUUGACUAUCGAGAGACUUGUCACUUCCAUUAAAAGUGCAGACGAUUUAGCAAAGCAAACUGAAAUCGAGUAUGGGACAUACAUGGGUGGAGCUACGGAGAGAUUCUUUAAGGAAUCACGUGUAUCCGUAUACAAGAAGAUGUGGCUGUACAUGAGAGCAAACGAAGACAGGGUGAUGGUGAUGAAAAAUAGUAUUGGAAUUGAUAAGGUCAGAAAUUCGAAAGGAAAGUAUGCUUUUCUACUGGAGUCUCCCCUUAACAACUACCAAGGGCAGAAAAAGCCAUGCAAUACGAUGAAAGUCGGUGAGAACUUGGACAGCAAGGGAUACGGUAUAGCGACACCAUUGUACUCUCCUCUUAGAAAAAAAUUAAAUCUUGUCGUAUUGAGACUUCGGGAGGAAGGCGAACUGCAUAAACUCGAACAGAAAUGGUGGUAUGAUAAGGGAGAAUGCGGAGCUAUAGAUUCUAAGGACGGCGUUAAAAGUGCCUUGACUUUAAGUAAUGUAUCGGGAAUAUUCCAUAUCCUUAUUGGUGGCUUAGUUCUCUCUAUGCUGAUGUCGUUACUAGAAUACUUACUUCACAGAUAUCGUAAGAGAGAAAAGCAACAGAAACAGUAUAAGACCAGCAAUACUGUGAAAAUAGUUAAAAAGGACCCUCUGGAGGUUCUGAAAGCUGCAGGUUAUACAGAACAUGAGAAUUCGGGGGUAAUUUACACAUAUAGUCCUCCCGAACAGUUGACGACAUUUGAGGGAUCAACAACCACAAAGCCGGAACAGACCGUUAUAUAACGUCGCAUGAGGCCGCUCAUUGGGGCAUGUGUGUGUGGCUAUUUUUGAUGAUGCAAUGAGUUAUUGGGAUGUUUGGAUUUCGAGUAUUUAAUGAAAUUAAAAAAGUAAUGUGUAAGAUCAACAUAUUGGCUAUAAAUCAAAACUGUCAAUGAAAUUAUAUUCAUUUUUUAUUAUUCAUAUAUCUAUGUUUCUUAAGUAGAAAAAGAUACAAUUAUAAAGACUGAAUGUGAAAGAAAUUGUGUUCGAAAGUUUAUACCUCGUGCGAGUUUUACGUGAGAAACUUAUAUGAUUUGAUGCAAAAACAUUGUUAUGUAUGUGCGACAUGUUUUCCAUCCUUUUAAAGAAUUUGAUAUUAAUAAGAUAUUGAAAUAUCAUCUUUUAAUAUAGACAUAGAUCAUAUGUCAAAUAAUAUAAACUGAAAGUAAUUUAAUAUCACAAGACGUUGCAUUGGAAUUUUUCAUUGUUUAAAAGAUUAUUUUUUUCUAGGAAACUUACACUUUAAAAGGACUUAUGUUGGCAACAAACCCGGCACUCCUUAUUAUGUAUUUUAUUUCUAUAAUUAACUUGGGUUUAAUGUUUCCGACAUCUGUAUAAUUUUGCAUCAUUGCAAAGACAUCUUAUAAUUCACAUGUCCCUAUUGAAGAUAAAAUGAUCCCUCCUGUUAUUUACUCAUUGUUAAUUAUAUGAAUUUGCGAACAUGUAAAAUGUUUUAUUUGAGAGAUCGUUUAUAUUUGUACACGUUCCAUUUCGGUAGGUUUCUUUGACCGCACGUUGACUUUUCUUUACUGUCAAUAAAUUAUUUUAAACGAA